AUGUGGGCGCUAAAGAAGUUGAAUUUGGAUUGGGACGCCGCAUCGAGUCAAAGGCUAAUGGAUAUGAAUGAGCUUGAUGAGUUUCGCCUAAGAGCAUAUGAACGUUCAACCCUGUAUAAAGAGAAGAUGAAAAAGUACCAUGAUCAAAAGAUUGAAAAGCGUGAAUUUGUUAUUGGUGAUCUAGUGCUUUUAUUCAACUCAAGGUUGAGGCUGUUUCCAGGUAAACUCAAGUCCAAGUGGACCGAGCCAUUUAGAGUGACUCAAGUAUUUCCACAUGGAGCGGUAGAGCUCGAAAACAAGGAAGGAACGAGGUUCAAAGUAAACGGGCAGAAGAUCAAAGUCUACUUGGGGAAAUCUGAGAGUGUGCAAGAAGUGAUUGAGGAAUGA